AUGUCGAGCUCUUUCGAAAAGUCCGUCAAGGGCGCAACCAAGAUCAAGAAUGCGCCCCCAAAGACGAAAUACAUCGAGCACAUCCUCGUCGCCACCCAUUCCGGUGAGGCGGGCAUCGGCGAGGUCUUCCGCGCCCUGCAGCACCGCCUGCGCGACUCGACAUGGACCGUCGCCCUCAAGAGCCUCAUCACCGUCCAUCUCAUGAUCCGAGAGGGCUCUCCGGACGUGACGCUCGUCUUUCUCGCAAAGCAUCGCAACAUGUUGUCUCUGGGUCACAUUUCAGACGCGCAAACUCAGGGCAGAAACAUACGUCACUACGCCAACUACCUCGCCGAGCGCGCGCGCGCCUACCGCGACACGAGAACCGACUGGGUGCGCGCCCCCGAAUCCAGGCUCGAGAGGCUGUCGGUCGACAAGGGCCUGCUGCGCGAGACCGAGACGGUCCAGCACCAGAUCUCGGCCCUCGUCAAGUGCGAUGUUCUCGAGUCAGAGCCCGAAAACGAAAUCACCAUUGCCGUCUUCCGCCUGCUCGUCUUGGACCUCCUUGCCCUGUUCCAAAUGGUGAACCAGGGACUCAUCAAUAUUCUAGGCCACUUCUUCGAAAUGUCCAAGCCCGAUGCGGAAAGAGCUAUGGACAUUUACCGCACGUUUACGAGGCAGACAGACGCAGUCGUGCAGUAUCUCAGCGUUGCACGCCUCCACGAGCACCAUACGCGCGUCGAGGUGCCCAAGCUGAAGCACGCUCCCGUCAACUUGGGCCGCCAGCUGGAAGAAUACCUGAAGGACUCCGACUUCGAGGUCAACCGGAGGCAGUACCUCGCUGAGCAGGAUGCCAAGAAGAAGGGCAUCAGGACCGCUUCGGGCAAGACGGCCAAGGCAACUGGCCUAGCGUUUCCCAAGCCCUCAUCGCCGGCCGCCAACAACGCCUUUGUCGUCUCCGGUGACUCGAAGCCUCAGGCUAACAAGGGGCCAGACCCGGACCUCAUCGACUUCUUCGACUCCAUAGAAGAGAAUCAGACCACGAUGCAGCAGCCCGCCAUGUCCUUUCCGCCAAACGGAUUCGCCCCGCAACCCACCGGCUUCGUGUCCAACGAUCCCUUCCAGCAACAGAACAUGACGUCGCAGCCGCAGCAGCUUCAGCCCAACUUCACGGGGGCCGGCUUCGGCGGCUUCACGCCCAUGCCCCAGCAAGGCUUCCAGCCGGGCGCGCUGGGACCCAUCCCGCAGAACUCGACGGCCAGCUUCCAAAACCAGGGGCUUCCCGGCCAGCAGCAGGUUGGACUGCAGCCGAUGCAGACUGGCCAGACGACGAAUCCCUUCCGGCAGUCGAUGCUGAUGGCGCAGCAGACGGGCAUGCAGAGCAGCACGCCUCGCUUUUCGGCGGCGAGCGGCACACCGGCCUUGAACCGCCAGUCCACGAACCCCUUUGCCCGCUCCCCUCCCCCGGGUUCCUCUCCCUUCCAGUCGCAGCCCCCGGCCGCCGUGGCGCCGCUCCAGCCCAUGGCCACGGGCACCAAUCCCUUUGCCCGGAGCAGCCCGCAAUCCCUGGAGCAGCAGCAGCAGCAGCAGGGCCAGAUGCAGGCGGGGCUUUUGCCGCAGCCGACAGGGACGACGAACCCCUUCCGCCACGGUGCCUUUGUCAACCACGCCACCGGCAUGGGUUGGCAGCACAACCAGGCCCCCAUCGGCGGCGGCAUCGACCAGCUGUCGACGGUGCCCGUUUUCCCGCGGCCGGCGCAGCAAACACCCUGGCAGCAGUGA